GCCGGGUGGGGUGCAUGUCUUGGCGGCCAUCAGCACGAACUCACCACCCCACACCACCACCAAACCAAAGACCACCACCCCCCAUGCCAGUCCUCAUCCCCGCCCCCAGCGAACACGGGCACAUGUCCUGGUCGUCGCCCCCGACCUCGCCGAGCAAGAAGGCCAUCAGCCUCAUCCCGGACUUUGCCCACUAUCUCCAGCCGCGCGUGCGCCGGCUCACCACCGUAUCCGACGCGCGCUCUGCGUCCGCGUCCGCCUCGCCCAGCCCAGUGGCAUCGCCGCGCCUCGGGCCGAGCGAGCCGCCCGCGCCAGCGCCAGCCGACAUGCUCGAGACCAGCGUCCGCACAACGUUCACGUUCCCCGGCGCGAUCGGGCAGGCAGAGUACGACCGCGUUGACCGCCUCGCGCUCGAGCUCUUCCAGGAGUGCGGGUUCACGCCAUACCAUUCCGGCUUCCUCGUCCGCCCCGCCGACGGCGACGACUUCGCCACUCGUUUCUGGGUGCAGACCGCCCCCCGGUACAGUGGCGAAUUUGAGGACGCAGUCCGCGGCUUCAUCCGCGCCGUGCUCGGCGAGGCCGAGCUCGCUAUCGACGUCCGUGUCGAGGACGAGGUGUGGUAGGUGACAGCCAACACUACGCUGCACCACCACUCCGCGCUGUAUCUAUUCCAUAGGUCUGUUUCCAUAGUGUCGGCCACGACGGCGGCGGCUGGCGAACCAGAAGAGCUGCCCACGAUGGGUCACGCCACGCCACGCCUCGCCGCCCACUCGCGCCGCUCGCACCGCUGCGCGGUGCUCGCCCGGCCCACGGCCCAUGACUACAUGUUCUGUAUCUACCUAUACGCAGCGAUGUACCUAGCUCACCUAAAUGAA